AUGGCCAAAAGCUCUCUUCCUCGAAAUUCAAGGAAAGGGAAGGCUAUAGUUCUUCGGAAAGAACCCCGCACUAAGGCUGAUGAAAAAGUGCCCUUCUCCUCAAGGGUACUAGAAGAGAAGCUACCCAAAGGGUACAGACCACCGGCUAUCGGAGAGUAUGAUGGCAGCAAAGACCCUGAGGACCAUCUUCGCAAAUUUAGGAACGUUGCACUAUUACAUCAAUACAACGAUGCCGUCAAAUGCCGAGUCUUUCUGAACACCCUAUCUGGCUCGGUGCAAAUAUGGUUUGAUGGAUUGCCGCACGGAUCCAUCACAUGUUUUCAGGAUUUCAAGACUGCUUUCCUGCAUCACUUCGCUAGCAGCAGGAAAUAUCAAAAAACAGACCACUGUCUUUUCGCCCUCAAACAGGGGCCAGCCGAACCAUUAAAGAGUUAUAUUAAACGUUUCAAUCAGGUAGCUCAGGAUGUCCCAUCAGCUACCUCCGAAAUAUUAAUGAGUGUCUUCUCUCACGGGUUAGUAGAAGGAGAGUUCUUCAGGGAUCUCAUCCGAGAUCCGGUAAAGAAUUUUGAUGGGAUGUUGGAAAGGGCCGCUAGUUAUAUCAACGUAGAAGAGACCCAAGCAGCACGAAGGAAAGCUGACCGGGGGCCCUCUACCGUUAACAAGCUGGAGAAGUGUGUGCCUCAACAACCGGCCCAACCACUUCCUUACGCUCGGGAAGUCAGACCUUUUUUCCCGCUCGGUCAGGAGGCCAGGCCAGCUCCACGAGUCGCAGCAGUCCAUGCUCCCCGGCCUGGCCCUUGGGGUCCGCGGCGUGCUGCUGAGCUGGGCUUACCACCUCCUGAGCUAGCUCCCCAAGUGCAAAAAAUGAUAGAGGACCAGCACAUGGCGGCAGGAUUGGAGCUGCCUCAUGAUGAUGCCCUUAUCAUCAAAGCUGUCAUCGCCAACAGCCGCGUAGCCAGGGUUUUCAUCGACACCGACAACUCGAUCAAUGUACUAUUCAGGACUGCAUUUGAGGAAAUGCAAAUCGACGUCAGUGAACUUCAACCAGUUGUUACAUCUCUGUAUGGAUUCACUGGCAAUGAGAUAAAGCCCAUGGGCCAGAUUAAAUUAGCUAUAUCCUUGGGCACAAAGCCCAACAAUAAAUGGAGGGUGCGCAUUGACUUCCGGGAUCUUAAUCGUGCCAGCCCCAAAGAUUGUUAUCCUCUUCCCAGGAUUGACCAGAUGGUAGACUCAACUACUGGCUGUGAGAGAAUAUGCAUGCUGGAUGCUUAUCAAGGAAAUGCAAGAGCUACCUAUCAGAGGAUGAUGGAUAAGAUCUUCAGGGAGCAGAUUGGACGUAACGUGGAAGUCUAUGUCGACGAUAUACUCAUCAAGUCCCCUUUAGCCGUAAACCUGAUUACUGAUGUGGAGGAAACUUAUGGAACCCUCCAGCAGUAUGAAUUAAAGUUGAAUCCAUUGAAGUGCUUGUUCGAGGUCAGAGGAGGGAAGUUCUUGGAAUAUCUGGUAACUGAACGAGGAAUCGAAGUCAAUCCAAAGAAGGUUAGGGUACUUCGAGAUAUACAAGUCCCGCAGAAUCUAAAGGAGAUGCAGAAGUUGGUGGAGUGCACUCAAGCCAUUGAAGAAUUGAAGAAGUACCUAGAAACCUUACCUUCUCUAUUUAAGCCUAUUACAGGAGAACCGCUCUGGGUUUAUCUGUCAGCAACCCCCAAGGCCAUGGGGGUGGUGCUGGUGAAGGAGCAGGAUAAUGUACAACGACCUGUGUACUUUUUUAUCCAUUUAUUGAAGGGGGCUGAGUCUCGAUAUACAACCCUGGAGAAGUUAGUUUACAGAUUGGUGCUCAUGGCUCGCCGCUUGAGACCAUAUUUCCUAGCGCACCCCAUCACAGUUUUAACUAACAGUACCAUGGGCAAAGCCCUAACUAAUGUGGAAGUGGUAGGUCAUCUCAUCAAGUGGGCAACCGAGUUGGGAGAAUAUGAUAUACAAUAUCAGCCCUGUACGACAAUCAAAGCUCAAGCACUGGCUGAUUUCUUGAUGGAGGUUCAUCAGACAGACUCUGAUGAAACUUGGAAAAUUUAUAUAGAUGGGUCAGCUACUCAGCAAGGAAGCGGUGUAGGAAUCCUUCUAAUAUCCCCUCAAGGAGAUAUACUACAGUUAGCUGUCCGGUUGAAUUUUAGAGCUACUAAUAAUGAAGCAGAGUAUGAAGCCUUGUUGGCAGAAUAA